AUGUUUUGUCAUCUUGGUAGAAAUGAGCCAGCAGAAAGGAGCGUGGGGACCCGGCUGGAGGUACAACUGCUUCGUCGCAAGCCUAAGCAGCAGAAAUUCCCUGAAUACUACGGUCCGGACGAGGAAGACGGCGUCUUUUACGACAAGGUGUUCCGCAAAAGAUCUUACGGAAAACUGCCGCGGAGCAACAGGCCGGCCCUCCAUCCGGAGAGACACGAGAGGUGUGACGACGACCAGGAUUGCCGGCGCUCUCCGAGUCAGAUCUGCACCAAGCGGGCCCGGGAGCCUUUCGGCCGCUGCCAGUGCCCAUACUACCGCCCCGUCGAGGUGGUCGUGGACGGCGUCGUCCGUUGCGUCCCAUCCAAAGACCUAUUCGACGAGUGCAGUAUGACGCAAGAGUGCACCGGCAGCAACCCUUACUUGAAGUGUGUCAACCGUUUGUGCGUCUGUAUUUCACCCAAUAUGAUCCAGCAUGACAACGAAUGUGGCCCAGGAUCAUCUCGUAGUAUGUUGGGAUGGCUGACGUGGAUUAUCCCUCUAACUGUGGCCUUGGCUGGCGUCUUGUCAUCUUCGGUGUGGUUUAUCUCAAAGCGGUACGAAAGUUCGCCCAAACAAAAAGUCACUUAAUCGUACA